AUGUCCUGCAUGUAUGCGCCAGAAGCUCUUCUGCUUUCGAGAGCGCUACACCAUCAACCUUCGCGACUGGGACGUCCCUUUGGAGGUAUAGCUCAGUUCUGCCCAGUAGGUUACUUUAUAUCUCUUAGAUUCGAUAUUUUCUCAACAAAAGACCUGUCGAUCGCCUCUGAGUGGGAGCUCGACUCUUUGUACCUUUCCACCGAGACAGAAGGACACACAGGGAGCAAUGUCUAG